ACUUGCAUCGGCCAGGCUUAAUAUUCAACCGGCUUUUUGAUAACCGAUAACAGUUUUUGAAAUAUAUUCUUUAUUCUACUUGGAAAAAUGUGGAGAAUAUUUUGUGCUUUCGUUUUCAUUUCAAUUUCCGGCAUUAAUGCGGCAGAAGAUGUGGGAAUCGAGUUGCCACAUGUGGAAUUCAAGCCGGUCCGGGAAUUGUCUAACGAUAUUCCGACAUGUCGGGAGGGCGACCUGAACAUAAACGAGUGCAUCAAACAGGGCCUUCAGCAGAUAACUCCACGCAUGAAGUACGGCAUCAGCGAGCUCAACAUCCCGCCCCUCGAUCCCUUCGAGAUGGGUAAGAGUUCUUACAACUACAAUGCCGGCGUGCUCCAGGGGCGCAUUUCCAUGAAGAAGGUGGUCGUCCGCGGCCUGAGCGACGGCAUCGUCGACAAGGUCGAUUUCCGGCUGAAGAACAGGCGCGUCCGGAUGGAGAUUCUCUCGCAUGUGCCACAAAUUCUGGUUGAGGGCUUCUACAAGGCAGACAUUAAGCUGAACGACCUUAAGCUCAACCCUAAAGGUGCUUUCAACAUAACCAUGACCAAUGUUGCUAUGAGGGCAAGACCCAUGGGAGAACUAUUUGACCGUGAUGGCCACACAUAUCUGCGUCUGACUAAACUGGAGACUGAGCCCAAGGUGGAAGACCUGCACUUCUAUGCCAAUGGCCUGGUGCCUGAUCCCGCUCUGAACGAUGUCAUCUUGGACUUUAUCAAUCAGUAUUGGCGCCAGCUCUAUCAGGCCAUGCUCCCCGAGACGUUAGCCACUUGGCAGCCCCUGAUUUUGAAGUCAACGAAUGACUUUUUCGAUGCGUUACCAUUCGAUAUGCUUGUUACCAAGAAUUAGGUUCUGUGGCAUUACUUUGGUAGCCGCCCCCUUUCUCCUACUUGCUUUACUCAAGACGUUAUCAUUUGUUUUUUAAUGCAAUAAAGUUUACUAUUAAUUUUAAUUAUUCAUUUAAAUUUAAAUGCUGACCAUAAUACUUAUUAAUCACAUUAAUCAUAACCGAUAAAUGUAUAUACAUAAAUAUUGGAGGAAUCUAAUUUGCCGGACAGGCAACGAAAGCA